AUGGCUAGAGACUGGAGGUUGUACCUCGUUUCCGUCGUGUCGGUUCUGUUCUUAUGCUACACCUACGUCGUUCUCGCGAGUCCCGGCCGGACUUUGCCCGUGAUGCACACGCUCCAUUCUAUUGCGACCGAGACUGCCACCCGGUAUGUCUUCGUGGGUGACGUGCACGGCAUGUUCGACGAAUUCGAGCAGCUCAUGCGCGACCUCAACGUCGAUGACGGCUCCACUCAGGUCGUCUUACUCGGAGAUUUCGUUUCCAAAGGACCAGACUCGGUCAAGACCGUAGACUAUUUGCUCGAAAACACCAAUUCGACCCGCUGUAUUCUGGGAAACCACGAGCUCGACGUUCUGUUUGCACACCUGAAUGCACAUCGGCUUGCACGUCAUCACCCUGAUCCCUGGGUCCCACUCGAGUUCACCACUACCCAGUACGUUCCCGACAACAGCGAUGUGAAAUCCCGCGAUGUCACGCUUGCCGCAGCACUAGGCUCAGAUCGACUCGCAAGGCUUGCGCAACAUUGUUCUGCGGCUCUCGAAAUUCGAAUCCCCAGUCGCAGGGGGUCUCACCACGCGUCGCAUGCGUAUUGGGCCGUCCAUGCGGGACUUGCGCCAGACUUGAUGUCGCCCGACACCCUUGACAUUGGUGCCAUCACUACCAUGAAAUACGUAAACCGUCACAACCAUACCCAGACUUCCAAAACAAAAUUCCGCGGCAGUACUCGAUGGUACAAACUCUGGGACCCGCUUGACACCGACAAGACCGUUGUAUACGGUCAUGAUGCUAAGAAGGGCCUCAACAUUCGCAAAAACACUCGCGGACUCGACUCCGCGUGCGCCGCGGGCGGCAAAUUGACCGCGCUCGAACUCAAGCCCGAAGCCAACACAUAUGUCGAACGUAUACACAGUGUUACCUGUCGACAAAUGAUCUGA